AUGCAGUGUGAAGGCAGCACAACACAAGGACAUUCGGACACUGGGAAAGUCGAACUCUCCCAUACACCCCAAUACUCUUUCUCCACUCUCCCAGCACUCUCACAUCACACUCUCCCAUAUUAUACUCUCCCACACUCUCUCUACCCUUCUCACACACCUCAACAUCCUUCUGACUCUCCCAAGACUCACAUAACACUCCCACAUACCCCAAUACUCUUCCACACUCUCCCAAACUCUCAGAUCACACUCUCCCACUCUCCCACACUGCCUAAGGCUGCCAUCACCAUCACCACCAUCACCCUCAAGACACCAAAGGCUGCACCACCACAACCAAAUAAGUUGCCUGCCACCGCCGCCACCACCCUCACCCUUGGAACACCAAAGGCUUCACCAUCACACCACGACAAUCAAAUAACUUGCCUGCCAUUACCAUCACCACCAACACCAUAG